GGUGUAAUGAUGUGCAAACUAGUCGUGGCACUGGAGGCCACCUCGAUAUUCGUGUCGACCAUCAGCAUCACUGCCAUUGCGUUGGACAGGUAUCAAGUGAUACUCCAUUCUGGUGGUGAAAAUCGUAUGUUUGGCUCUCUAUUCAAACUGUUGUUUAUAUGGUUUUUCGCUAUAAUGCUGGCCCUCCCGCUCUUCCUAUUCCGCACCGUCGAGACCCACGAAUUGAAUCUUCCGUGGCUUAAAUCAGUCAACUUUUGUGUCGAGCGGUGGCCUAUAGCUCACGGGAGGGGCUAUUAUUCGGUGUUUUCGAUGUAUGUGUUGCCGAUUCUCAUCGUCAGUAUAGUCUACACCAGGCUUUGCCUCAAACUGAAGACACGGGCCAUACGUCGCACAUCGACCACACAAUUACCUAAACUCAAGAGUCGGUUGAAGAAAAGGACCCGAAAGACGAACUCAUUGUUGAUAUCCAUUGCAUUGAUAUUCUGUAUCUCAUGGCUGCCCCUCAAUCUCAUUAACAUUAUCGCAGACUUUUGCUUUCCAUUCAAGUCGGACAAGACUUUCAGAAUCGUGUUCGCCAUCUGCCAUAUGGCAGGUAUGUCGAGCGCGUGUUCCAAUCCACUGCUGUACGGAUGGCUAAACUACAACUUCCGUAACGAAUUCAAAGAGCUGUACACUGUUUUCCAGUCAUUUCUCACUAAAUGCUUCAACGGAAAGGCGGCCAUCAAUAACAACACUAUCAUGAAGUCCGGGGCCAACCGACGCCCGUCCCAUAUAUACUGCGGGCCGACACACCUGUUCGAGGAGCUCGACCACAACGACCUGCACGCCAACCGACUCACCCGAGAGACUAUGGUUGUGGCGACCAGUGCUAAUGACAUACCCCUUACCGUCUCGUGUGAAUACAAAUGA